AAAAUAGUAGUAGACGAGAGCAAAGCUGCCCUGGACGCUACAAAUUCCUUCCAUCGAGCUGUUUUGCACACGGGCACAGCGAGCCACGUUUGUGCGUAGGCGUACGUGAGAGCUAUAGCCAACUCCACCCAAAGACUGGCCUAGAUCGACGGAGUGACGGACGUACACGGAUCAUGAUGCUGCUCUCACACUCUUCGUCUACAACCACCACCACCACCACCACCUGGCGGCUAGCAGCCGCAGCGCCGCCGCCGGCUCGCUCCAGGCGCGCGCGCCUCCUGCCUCCACGCGCGCGGGCCGCCGACACGACGACGGGCGUUUCUGGCGCCGCCGACCGCGCGGCCGAGGCGCUUCUCCAGAGCGGGCUGCGCCCGGAGUCGCUGCCGCGGCACGUCGCGGUGGUGAUGGACGGGAACUCACGGUGGGCGCGCGCGCGGGGUCUGACGCCCGCCGACGGCCACAAGGCCGGCGGCCGCAACCUGGAGCGGAUCGUUGGCCUCUCGCGCGCCUGGGGCAUCCGCGCUCUCACCGCCUUCGUCUGCUCCCGCGAAAACUUGAGCCGCCCCAAGGCUGAGGUGGACUACAUGAUGGGUUUGUCGGAGUGGCUGAUAGGCGACAACAUCGACAAGCUGUCAAGGCAGGGGAUCCGGCUGCAGGUCAUCGGCGACGCCACACAGAUGCCAGCGUCUCUGCGGAGCGCGGCGGAGCAAGCCGACGAGGCGACGCGGCACAACUCGCAGCUGCACGUGAUGCUGGCGAUCUGCUACAGCGGGCGAUGGGACAUGGUCCAGGCGUGCCGGGAGCUCGUCCGGGAGGCGCAGGCGGGGCGGCUCAGCCCGGACGACGUCGACGAGUCGCUGGUCGCCGGCAAGCUCGCGACGAGCGCCGCCGGCCACGGCGAGUUCUCCUGCCCUGACCUUGUCGUCAGAACCAGCGGCGAGCUGAGGCUCAGCAACUUCCUGCUGUGGCAGUCGGCGUACUCGGAGUUCUUCUUCACCGACAAGAUGUGGCCGGACUUUGGGGAGGCUGAGUACCUGGAAGCGUUGCGCUCCUUCCAGGCCAGAGAUCGGCGAUUCGGUCAAUCAAAAUUACUCUAGAGCCUUGUUUAGUUCCAAAAAAUUUUGCAAAAUCGACACUGUAGCACUUUCGUUUGUAUUUGACAAAAAUUGUCCAAUUAUGGACUAACUAGACUCAAAAGAUUCGUCUCGUCAAUUU